AUGCCAGUUCUUCCGAGCCUUACAAGCCGCAAGGCAGAUUCAGUUGUGGCACCUUCAGCGUCAUCGACUUCUGCAAACUUCAGCGCGCUCAUCUUUGUUGCUAGCAUUUACAACCGUGCUCGCAAGGCGCGGGCAGUACGAAAGGACGCAGUUAAUGACCCAGAGCUAGCCCUUGAUUCAAUCCCCGCGUCGUCCGCCGAGUCGGUCAAGACGCCAGAGCUACCAGAGAUUCCGCCGAUGACUAUGGAGGAUGGAGCGCUUGCCCGCAAGGAUUGGCAAUCUCCUGUGCCUGGUUCAAGCGUCACUUUUGCGUCGAAGAAGCUCGGCAAGUCUGAGCCUGUGGGCGACGCAACAGUGGAGAAGACAGGGAACAAGCUUGCCCCACCUGUACAUCUUGGCGUUGAGUGUGUUCGCGAUUCCUUUGAUCUAUCUCAUGAUCCUGUGCGCGACAGUGGUGUAUCGGACGACACAAUAGUUCAUCUGAAGCUUCUGGAAAGUUUCGCAAACAUGGACUCCCCCUCUGAUUAUGUCAUCGUCACGCAGUACACCACUGUCUAUCCCACAGAUUUUGCUCAGGCUUCGACUACAUCCGCCAACGUCUCGUCUGCUAGUCGGAAUUUAACGACGGUUGCUAGUUCCAAGGUCCGUCUGAGCAGCACUGCGCCUGCAUCGACAUUUUCCACUUUGAUCUCAUCUAGCUCCACUAUGCCCACCUCUUCGACAACCAGCAUUCUGCCUUCUUCAUCCAUCACAGGGGUGCCGUCAGCCCCUCCUAGGCAUGAGUUCGAUGACACGACCGUUGGCAUUUUCGCUGCUGCUUUCGCUGUCCUUGGACUUUUGCUUUUGGUUACAGUUUGCUACAUGAUCUACCUCCGCUUUCAAGGUAAGUGUCCGCGUUGCAACGACAUGGAGAAGCAGCUGGAGAAGUGGCAGUCUGGUGAGCUUAAGUGUAUCACCCCUGGGAUGGUACGUGAGCGCGAGGCUAUCAACAAGGCGGCUUCAUCCAGCAACACUUCUUCGGGCGUUGAGAUUGAGAUGACUACAUUCGGUGGCGCUACAGCUGCACGUUCUGCGGUUUUGGAUCAGCCUAAACCAACCAAGCAGCUGACAUUUUGGGACAAGGCUAAGUGCAAGUUCUUCUACAUCCGCAAGGAGGAGGAGUCAACUAGUGAUCUAGAGUCUGCACCUGAGACUCAAGAUACCCUAUACGUCCCCCACGCGGAAGCUACUCACUAUGAUGCAGGCCCCUCUCGCCGCGUUUCCUCGGAGCGUCCUCAAUCCCCCCUUGAGUACGAGCAGAACCUGAACCAUCUCUACCAGCCACGCGCCUCCACCAUCCGCGCUUCCACCGCCACCUACGACUCCAACUAUUCCCAGCCUGAGGCCACCCAGCCCUACGACGCCCUCGCCUCCCGUGUCUUCACCGACUACGCCCCCUCUGUCAUCGCCCAGCCUCGCGGCCCCCUUCGCAAGGAAGAUGACGAGCCCUCCCGCUACAGCGCCUUUGUUGCAGCGGAGAAACAGCAGCGUCUUCAGGAGGCUGAGGCGACACUACAGAGCGACGAGUACAAGCAAGCCGAGUACCUCCUUAAGCGUGGGACAGCGUCAGACGAACGGCUCCGUCGUGCUCUGAGCAUCGUCAACCUCGCUGAUCAGGCUGUCAACAAGGCUCGCAAUCCGACUUUGUACUUGAGGUCCUCUACGCCGUCGCCGACUGGUCAAGCCGGGCCUGUGCAAGUUGAGCAGUACGAGAUGCCGGCGUGGCGCAAGAGGGGCUACAAGGCACCUGAGUCUGAUGCGUCUUGA